CCCGCUGAGGAAGGUAAAACCUUACUCGAGCUUGUGAUUGAACAGUUUGAAGACUUACUAGUUAGGAUUUUGUUGCUGGCUGCUUGCAUAUCUUUUGUCCUGGCCUGGUUUGAAGAAGGUGAAGAAACAAUCACUGCAUUUGUAGAACCUUUUGUAAUAUUACUUAUCCUAGUAGCCAAUGCAAUUGUGGGAGUAUGGCAGGAAAGAAAUGCUGAAAAUGCUAUUGAAGCUCUUAAAGAAUAUGAACCAGAAAUGGGCAAGGUGUAUCGACAGGACCGAAAAAGUGUCCAGAGGAUUAAAGCAAGAGACAUUGUCCCAGGAGAUAUUGUGGAAGUGGCAGUUGGAGACAAGGUUCCUGCUGACAUAAGAAUUACUUCCAUCAAAUCUACGACUCUAAGGGUAGACCAGUCAAUCCUCACAGGUGAGUCUGUGUCUGUUAUUAAGCACACUGACCCUGUGCCUGAUCCUCGUGCUGUAAAUCAAGACAAGAAGAACAUGCUCUUUUCUGGUACUAACAUUGCUGCUGGGAAGGCUAUGGGAAUGGUGAUUGCAACAGGAGUAAACACUGAAAUUGGAAAAAUCCGUGAUGAAAUGGUGGCUACGGAGCAAGAGAGAACCCCUCUGCAGCAGAAACUGGAUGAGUUUGGAGAGCAGCUGUCUAAGGUCAUCUCCCUGAUCUGCAUUGCUGUGUGGAUAAUAAACAUUGGGCAUUUCAACGAUCCUGUCCACGGUGGCUCCUGGAUCCGAGGUGCUAUCUAUUACUUUAAGAUUGCUGUUGCUCUUGCUGUUGCUGCCAUUCCUGAGGGUCUCCCUGCUGUCAUUACCACGUGCCUGGCUCUCGGAACCCGGAGGAUGGCCAAGAAGAAUGCAAUUGUUAGGAGUCUUCCCUCUGUGGAAACCUUGGGCUGCACCUCAGUGAUCUGCUCUGACAAGACUGGGACUCUGACCACAAACCAGAUGUCAGUCUGCAGGAUGUUUAUCCUGGACAGAGUAGAAGGAGAUACUUGUUCUUUGAACGAAUUUACUAUAACUGGUUCAACGUAUGCUCCCAUGGGAGAGGUGCACAAAGAUGACAAACUCAUUAAAUGCAGCCAGUAUGAUGGCCUUGUAGAACUGGCAACCAUCUGUGCUCUCUGCAAUGAUUCCUCUUUGGAUUAUAAUGAAGCUAAGGGAGUUUAUGAAAAGGUUGGUGAAGCCACGGAAACAGCACUUACCUGUCUGGUUGAGAAGAUGAAUGUGUUUGACACAGACUUGAAAGGACUUUCCAGAAUCGAACGUGCGAACGCCUGCAACUCGGUGAUAAAACAACUCAUGAAGAAAGAAUUCACUUUGGAAUUCUCGAGAGACAGAAAGUCUAUGUCUGUAUACUGCACCCCGAACAAGCCGAGCCGCACGCCCAUGAGCAAGAUGUUCGUCAAGGGUGCUCCUGAAGGUGUGAUUGACAGAUGUACUCACGUCAGGGUUGGAAAUGCUAAAAUCCCCUUAACCCCAGGAAUUAAACAGAAAAUAAUGUCUGUCAUCAGAGAAUGGGGAACUGGUAGAGAUACGCUGCGUUGCUUGGCUCUGGCAACCCAUGACAAUCCCCCCAAAAAAGAGGAGAUGAACCUGGAGGACUCCACAAAUUUCAUUAACUAUGAGACCAACCUCACCUUUGUGGGCUGUGUGGGAAUGCUGGAUCCUCCCAGGAUUGAAGUAGCUUCAUCCAUAAAGCUGUGCAAGCAAGCUGGCAUCAGGGUCAUUAUGAUCACCGGUGACAACAAGGGCACGGCCGUGGCCAUCUGCCGCCGCAUCGGCAUCUUCGUGGAGGACGAAGAUGUGUCCUCGAAAGCCUUUACAGGUCGUGAGUUUGAUGAGCUCUCCCUCGCUGCCCAGAGGGAUGCCUGCCACAAUGCUCGCUGCUUUGCUCGUGUGGAGCCUUCCCACAAGUCCAAAAUUGUUGAGUUUCUUCAGUCUUUUGAUGAGAUCACAGCUAUGACUGGUGAUGGUGUCAAUGAUGCUCCUGCACUGAAGAAAGCAGAGAUUGGAAUUGCUAUGGGUUCCGGUACUGCAGUGGCUAAAACUGCUUCUGAAAUGGUUUUAGCAGAUGACAAUUUCUCCACCAUUGUAGCUGCUGUGGAGGAAGGACGUGCCAUAUACAACAACAUGAAACAGUUCAUCCGAUACCUGAUCUCCUCCAACGUUGGGGAGGUUGUUUGUAUCUUCUUGACUGCUGCCCUGGGUUUUCCUGAAGCUCUAAUUCCUGUUCAGCUGCUAUGGGUGAACCUAGUGACAGAUGGUCUCCCUGCUACUGCUCUGGGCUUUAACCCUCCUGACCUUGACAUCAUGAACAAGCCACCACGGAACCCCAAGGAGCCCCUGAUCAGUGGGUGGCUCUUCUUCCGGUACUUGGCCAUUGGGUGUUACGUUGGUGCUGCCACAGUGGGUGCUGCUGCCUGGUGGUUUAUUGCUGCUGAUGGUGGUCCAAGACUUUCCUUUUAUCAGCUGAGCCAUUUCCUGCAGUGCAAAGAGGACAAUCCAGACUUCUUUGGUGUGGACUGUGUGGUCUUUGAGUCUCCAUAUCCAAUGACAAUGGCUCUUUCUGUGCUUGUCACCAUAGAGAUGUGCAAUGCCCUCAACAGCCUGUCAGAGAAUCAGUCCCUGAUGAGGAUGCCUCCAUGGGAGAACAUCUGGCUGGUGGGAGCCAUUUGCCUGUCCAUGUCCCUCCACUUCCUUAUCCUUUAUGUGGAACCACUGCCAAUUAUCUUCCAGAUCACCCCCCUGAACGUGACACAGUGGCUGAUGGUAUUGAAAAUCUCCCUCCCAGUCAUUCUGCUGGAUGAAACACUUAAAUAUGUGGCUCGUAACUACCUGGAACCUGGUAAAGAUAGUGUGCAGCCUGCCAGCAAACCCUGUGCCCUGUCAGCAUGCACCGAGGGAGUGUCCUGGCCGUUUGUGUUCAUUACUCUGCCCCUGGUCAUUUGGCUUUACAGCACAGACACUAACUUUAGUGAUAUGUUCUGGUCUUGACUGACAUGGUGAUGAAUUUUACAUUCAAAGACAAAAAGAAAAGUUUAACUUAAUUUUUUUAUUGUUUAGAGCAACUUGUCUAUUUCUGCUGAAUUUUCACAUGAACAUAUUUGCUGGUGAUGGAGGUUUCAUAAUCUAGAUUUUUGGGUUUUUUUUGUUUUUUGGCUUUUUCUGACUUCAGUGGGGGCAAUAUAUUCCUCUUUUAUACACAGUUAAAAUGUCCAUUGACGUGUACAGAGAACUAACACUAUUUUAUGCAAAUAUUUUUUUGUAGAUGAAAAGCAUGUACAGUGUUCUGUUCAAUAGUCUCUUCAUGUAAAGCAAAGUCAAUUUGUUUGGAGCCAGCGGACACUAGAGAACUAAAUUGGCAGCAGAUUUUAGGGAAUGAAUGUGUGUUGUCUUAAAAACUAAAAAAAGCAUGUAACUGUUUGUCUUCUGCAUGACCAUCCAAACUUAAUUUGUCAUGAAGUCAGGUUUGAGGCACGAGCAGAACCUUCUGCCCUGGGUAGAGUCCUGCUCAGGAUUGCUCUCGAUUUCCUUCUCCCUCACUCUUGGUUCUUGCCUGUCCUUGUGUUUACACCACUCUCUGGAUGAGGUAUUGCCUAAUCUUGCUCAUGCAGAAAAUACCAUUCCAGGUGCAGCCUGCUGGGGUUCUUCCAUACUCUCAACACACAUAGGGUUGUUUUGUUUUUGAAAGAUUAUUUAUUUGUCUACUGUAUUUUAUUGUAACAGACCUUACUUUGCCAGUGUUGCCCAUUAUGCAGGGAUAGGGAGGGCUGUUUCUGUCUCCUUGAAUCUAAAGCCCUUUAAACAACCACAAUCUGAACUCAAAAGAUGGUUUAAGCUGGGGUUUAAUACCUUCAUUGACACAUGUCAGAGCCUUUCUUUUUC